AUUUUUACUUCAACCAACUACCGAGUUUCAAAGUGUCACCUUGGGGUACUUACUCUAGUCCUACGAAGAUUUGAACCAGGUAACUACGGGUAAACGAAACAUUUAGUCAAUUAUUUAAUGUCUCCUCUAUUUCAGUGAAGUACACCGACCUAUGAUAUAUUCUAUUUGAACAUGGUAUGGAUCCGAAGAGUGAGCGACCAGCUGAAGAAAACAUACAGACAAUUGCAUAUCUUCGAAGCUCAUAACUCUAUCACCAUAUGGUACGGAUUUAUUUCCGGUCAUGUGAAGAUAUAAAUACAACUCCGCGAGAUAACAACACCUUGGACAGUUUGUAUAUUAUCGUUAUCGUCAAUGAUUUCCACCUAUCUAAUCAAAAAGUCGGUGACUUUUGUCAUGAAAGAAAAACAUUGGUUAAAUAUUUUGUUUAUGUUUGGGGAAGGUGUUUCACGCUUGAGUCCUGAGUAAAAGACUACACUCGAUUGGUUCUUCAACGCUACAUUCUCACUCACUGCCUCCCCUAACCCACUUCGUUUUCACCUGAGAAUCAUAUAAGUAAACACGAGGAUAGCAAGAGAGAUUCUUUAUGGUUGCUCGACUUGCUAAAAAUAGCAGCCAAAUCGACUACCCCUCCUUACUCAAAUUACAUCCCAUCGUCUUAAAAAAAGGUGGGGGCACAUUGGAUAAUAUGGUCUUAAAACAAUGGAUAGUCUCAGCUGCAAGCCUUCGAUCCGAGCUCACCUGAGGGCUAAACAAAAAUUAACAAGACCGUUUAAUUAAACAGAGAAAAGAAAAGAGAUAAAGAGAGUCUGAAGGACCAAGAAUUUGUGUGGAUUUGAAAAAGAAUAAACUGAUAAUUUGACAAAAAUAAGGCGAUGAGGGUUUGUUUCGAAGUCUCUCAGAAAAAUAGCAUUCCGUCCAGUAAGACGGAAUGCCUUUUCUUGCUAUCUCAUAUAAAGAAUAGAAUCGUACAAGAAUGGAAGAUAACCAAAUUAGCAAAGAAUUUUAAGUUCUGUGAGUCUGCGAUAUUCCAUACCAUUUUUUGGCAAUGUGUGACGUUCAGUUGCUACAAUGUCGUUCUGUUUACCAUACCUCAGGCUUUACCGCCAUCUCUCAGCAUUCACAGCUCUGUGUCAAAGACAUUUUCAACUGGGACAGAUUCAUUCGCUCAAAGUGACCCCUGCCCUUCCUCUGGUCAGAACGGCUGCAACAAAAGCUGCAAAGCAUGAAGUAAUAGUUUCACAAUCAACGUGUAUCUUUGAAAACCUUUCUCUGGAAGAAUGGCUAUUCGAAAACACAGACUUGGAAAAUACAUCUUAUCUGUUGAUCUGGCGAAACACUGAAACGGUUGUGAUUGGGCGGCACCAGAAUGCUUGGAUUGAAGCCAAUGUGCCACUGCUGGAACAGAAAGGUGUCAGCAUUGCACGCAGGAACAGUGGCGGAGGAACCGUUUACCAUGAUCUUGGCAACAUCAACUUCUGUUUCCUAACAUCGCGUGAACGAUACGACAGAAAGUGGAACCUGAAUCUUGUGACCGAGGCUGUUAACGAUCAGUGGAUGUUAAAUCUCAGUGUGAAUGCCCGAGAUAACAUCAUGUGGAAUGACAUGUUUAAGGUCUCUGGAACUGCUGCAAGGUUGAAAUCCAAACGUGCCUAUCAUCAUUUUACUCUGCUUCUUGAUGUCAAUCUGAAUAACCUACAAUCCUUUCUCCAGAGCCCUCUGCUUGGAGCAAGUAGUCGUGCCACAGCCAGCAUCCCUUCCUCUGUCAUCAACCUUGUUGAUGUGGAACCGCAGUUGACAUACGACAAUGUCAUCCAGUGUGUUGCUCAGCGAUUUCUUAGUUUCAAUCAGAACUCACAGCCAACAUCCAUUGAAUUCCUCGACCUUAAGAAAGACCGGAGCCGUUUUCCUGGUUUAGAUAAAAUCUUAGAAAAUCGCUUGGACUGGAAAUGGAUUUUUGGCAAGACUCCAACUUUUACUUUGGAUCGUCAUUUCAUCACACACUGCUACCAAUCCAGAGAGACUUGCUUAAGGAUCCACUGUAAAAUUCAAGAUGGCUGCAUUAACACGUUAGAUAUCCAGUUAUCUCCCUUAGACCAAAAACUUGAUAGACUCGCUUCCUCAACAAAAAAUGCUUUACUGACAGAAAGACUUAGCGGAAAACAUUUACAACCAGUUUUUGAAAGACUGCGUCAGAAUUUUUCUGAAGUCAAGGAAAUAUCACCACAUCUUUUAGAUUGGUUUUUAAAUAGCUUAUGGGUGACUUUUUUUGGUUGAAAUUCUCGUUAUUGUUGACAUAAUGAUGCGGCAAACUUCCUCGACGAGUUGGAUAAACAAAAUUUGUUUGCACAGUUAACACUGCCAUGUGCCGGUUUCCGUGUGUCUCCAACGUUCACACUGUGUUAAACGAUGUGUGUGUGUUGUGUGGAGACGUGGGUUGUUGAUAGAAAGGCUAUAAAAUCAUUAAAAUCGGAAGUGUGAAAAAGUAGACGUUGAAAAUAUGAUAAUAUAACGAUAUGGUGUGCUGUAUGAUUAUAUUUUUCGAACCUUCUGUUUUUCAUUGUGGACCAGCAUUGAUGAGCUGAUUGACUGUAGUUCUAUGAUACAGGAAGUAAUGGCUGCAUGCUGUGUAUCACUGCAGGGCACCUCGUGCAAGCUCUCUUGCGCUGUACCCCACCCCUCCUCCCCUGCAGACCAGAGACUCCACAAUGGAUUAUGGUAGACAGAAGCUGAAAGAAGUCUGUAAUGUGAGGGCGUUUGUGCUUCAUUGUCUUGACAUUGCUUGGCAGUGCCCCCCCUCUCCCCACUAAAUCUUUAAUGGUCUCUCAGGGGUCAUGUGGACCCCAGUUGAGAACCACUGCUUUAGAGAGAAAUAAAACAACAAAUUUCAAAACAUCCUAAUAAAGAAAAUAUAAAUAUUACUUCACAGCUUUAUAUUUGUCUCUUACAAAUAUUGUGUGUGUGUGUGUGGAUUUACAUUUUACUGGUUCCAAUAAUUGGAUCCUGACCAUACUGGAUCAUCAUCACCUUGAAGGUUUUUAAUUGAUUACUACAACCCCUGUAAUUGUUGUAAAUCUGAUUCUUAUUUUUAUUGACCCAUAUAUAUCAAACACAACAGAACAUAAAGGUACAACACAAUAUAAACACAACAUCAUGAUUUAAAAAAUAUUUAUUUAGUCAGGAGGGGAGGCAUUUCCCAGAAUUCUUUGCAGCAGAAUAGGUGUCUGGUGGAUAUCCUCAAACUGGAGACUUGGCUUGAAUGGCCUGAAUGCUUAUAAUAGUGUGGCCUCCACUGAAGACAAUGAUGGUGUCAGGUGGGAGUGUUAAACUGUGAUGGAUGGAAUCUACCAUAUUUGGAUUUGAACUUAGAAUGCAUAGAGCCAGAAGAAAUAUAUCA